UGCACGAGAGACAGCACAGGGUUAACUUCAUUCUCCUCGCGCUUAUCCUCAGUAAUGAGAUAGCCAGGGCUAUGCUGGCGAAUUUAAGCCAGAAAGGUUUUCAGUGUUGAGCGCAGACAACCAAACACCUGCUCCAAAAUGGCAGGAUACGGCUUCAGACAUACAGGAUAUUUUCUUUAGACAUUCGCGAGGACUGGUUACGACCUUGACAGGUGAGGCCUGGGCAGUUUUGACUGUGGAAUGCGAAGAUGCUUCGCACAUGCGGCUAGGAGUGUUUUUGCCAUGUACCAGCAGAUUUUCAUCCCACGCGUGAAUGCGACAGUCGCCAUGCCAUCGUUCUGAGGGGUGUCUCGUCUAAGCUGCACCAGCUCUGAUGUAACCGUUAACAGCUUGUAAAUAUGUCUACGCAUGGAAGCCCAGUGUCGGUCCAAGGAUGGCGCUAAGACGAGGACACUGUAGGGUGUGAUGUAGGGUACCAAGAAACAACGCACAGCACAACAUGGCUGAUCAGAGCAGUAUCCAGUCUGCCGCCUCCAAGAGCAUACGCCCAUUUAAGUCGAGUGAGGAGUAUCUAUAUGCCAUGAGGGAAGAUCUUGCGGAAUGGUUGAACAUGUUAUAUGAGCUGGACAUCACCGCGGAGACGUUUAUGGAGAGCCUGGGUGACGGCUGUGCUCUCUGUCGACAUGCCAAUAACGUCAAUCGCGCGGCGCAAGAUUUUGUAUCAGCAUACCCGGAGUCCACUCAGGCUCUCCGGACGCCAAAGAAAGAUGUGGUUUUCUUAUCACGCAACGUCACCCCGGGCUCGUUUCUGGCGAGGGACAACGUCUCCAACUUCAUCGGUUGGUGUCGUCAAGAACUGGGGAUCAAGGACGUGCUCAUGUUCGAGACUAAUGAUUUGGUCGAGCGGUGCAACGAAAAGAAUUUUGUGUUGUGUUUGCUGGAAGUCGCGCGGCGUGGGGCCAAAUUUGGCAUGCUGGCUCCCAUGUUGAUCCAGUUUGAGGAGGAGAUUGAGGAGGAGAUUCAAGACCACGCGAAUAGUUCUACGGUUAUGAAUAGUUCUGCGGCUAUCAUGAGGGAGCGCAGCCCUCCCGCUCCCUGUGACACGGAGGUCGGGAGUCUGCAGGACAGUAGAAGUAUAGAAGACCCACACCCUCCCUUGAUGGAAGACUGGGUCCAGAAGCAGAGAGUGAUGUGUGAUAUGCGCAGCUUGGAUGAGUUGGUCCGUGAGAUAUUGGGCCAGUGUUCAUGUCCUGCUCAGUUUCCCAUGAGCAAAGUAUCGGAGGGCAAAUACAAAAUUGGUGACUCCAAUGCACUUAUCUUCAUCAGGGUCCUUCGCACUCAUGUGAUGGUCCGUGUCGGGGGUGGCUGGGACACCCUGGAGCAUUACUUGGAUAAACAUGAUCCCUGUCGCUGCGGUGCAUAUAGUCACCGCCACCAGCAGGCUAAAGCGUGCGGGCAGGGCUCCCACAGCAAGUCGUCUAGUGCCCACUCCUCACGCUCCACCAGCCCUGGGCCUCAGGGGCGGAACGAAAGUAUGCCCUCGAGGCCUCCCAAACGGCCGCCUCUGGAUCCUUCCGGAAGCUGUGUCACAGGUUCUCCUGCCCGACAGGGCCGUUCCCAAAAGCCAUCCCUUUUCACAGAGAGAGAUUCCAGCGCAGGACGUUCGCCCAAGUUCUUGCCGCGACCAAACCGGGACCACUCGGAGCCUCGACACUUCAAGCCUUUCAGGAGUAAAGACUUUUCAUCACCAGGGGCUCACAAGCUGUCUGUCAGCAGUGACUUGCCUACAGUCCCUGCCAGUCCGCAGCGCGGGGACGUAGACGUCGUGCUGCUCGUCAACCGAAAAGAGGGACGGCACGCCAUUGAACGGCUCGGUGGAAAGAAGGAUCCCACCGUUCCGCAACUAACUCAGACGCGCGCAAGAAACAUUUCUCAGGACCACCACCUUAGUACUACACAGACAGCUCAAUCGCCCCUUCGUCACAGUCCACUUCACGUGUACACAGAUAGCCCACGAACUGCCCACACCGAACAGAAUCACCCGCAGUACUCGGACAGUCUGCGUCAUCUUCAGAGCGCGGACUCUCCCAGUCGGGGGGAGAGACGGCUGUCUUCCAACGGUCACGCCCACGAGACCAACCCCGCCGCCUCCCCCCUACAGCAAAAUAAGCAGGCGAGAGGCGGCGGUUGCCAUUCCUCCAGACAGAUCUCCCCAAUCAAAGUGAAAAGGAGCCUGAGUCCUUCCAAGAGGGGGUUAACAUCAUACCGCCAACCCAGCUUACAGACUUUAUCGCCUGGCAAAGGGAGACUGCUGCCUGCUUUGUCUCAGUUUGGUCGACAUUCUCCCAAUUCGCCCAGUCGCACUUCCCCACAUCACCACAACCACUCGGCUCACUCAUCUCCCCAUCUCCAAGGCUCUAGCACAACCCGCGCUCAGAGGAGUAGGUCUAACCCAAGACCCUCUCUUCAGGGUGAAUCCCUGGACGAGGUCCCGGGACUGAGUUACAGCUUACGCCAUUUGCCAAGUUUUGAUCGCCAGAGGGAAGAGGAGCUGUACAGCGCCUUUGAAGCCGAGUAUCUAGCCAACACCAAGAGCCAGAUGUCGCUCACUAGCCCAGACAAAGGAGAAGAAGGGAUGGACACACUUCCAUUCCUCAAACUGCAACAGGAUCUUCAUUUAACCUCGAAUGUCAGACGUGUGUCGGCCUCUGAGGAUCCGAAUCCGAUCGAUUUGGCGUCUUGUUCCUCCUCCAGCUCCUCCACAUCCUCCCUCAAUGUCGGGGGUAAAGUUUCUGGCUUAUUUCCAGACCUGAGAGAAGCCAAAAAGACUAAAUAUAGAUCUUCUUCCCUGAACGGCCCGCCCACCACUCUCUUUCAAAACCCGACCUUGACAACGCUUCCCGACACCAAAAAGCUGAGCGAGUUUGGCAGAGGGCCCAAGAGGCUGCCUGCAAUUUCUGGCUCAGUAGAAGACAGUUGCAAUCCGUGUUUUAAUAACUCCAACAGCCUGUCCCAGCCAUCUCCUGUCCUCAGUCCUCUGAAGGGGUCGUCAGACACCGUGGAACCCGCUGCCUUUCUCCAGGAACUCACAUCGGACAUGAGGUCUGAUGACCUCAACCACAGACCCAAGGACAAUCUCAUCCUGCCACUGAUUUCGCCCUUGCCACGCCCGGGAUUCACGGACACCUGCCUGUUACAGGACUCCUGCGACUCCAGCGCCAUGUGCUUCAGUGAGUCAGGUGACAUCACCUCGCCGUCACACCAGCUGGCCAAUGGGGACAUGGAGGGCAUGGCGGUCAUGCGGGGCAAGAAGGGACAGAAGAGGACAGAGUGGACAUCGUCAUCGACCUCCAUUUACAAAAUGAAGUUACGGCCAAGGGUUCGGCCACGCACCGACGGCCGGCCAGAGAGCCCGUCUCGCAUUCCAGUCCCUGUGGGCAGCAAAGACAUGCAGCAGCAGCAGCAGCUUGAAUCCAGCCACCUGUCCCCUCUGCACACCCCCUCAGAGUUCCCUCACCCGCAUUCCAACGAGUAUUCCCCAUCUAGGAAAGCGCUCCAGCAGGUCAUCACGGAUCUUGUUCAUCCACAGUCCUGCUCUCCGGGGACGGGGCCCAUGGACUGCUCUUUCCCCAAUCCGUCCAACCUCGACACAGAGGCAUGUAUGUAGCAAACGUUAGGAGGCAGGGAACAACUUCAGUAAUGUAAUUUUGAACUUAUUUAAGUUAUUUUCAGACUUUUGUUGUCUGGGAUCACAACAGAGAGAGGAUUUGAUUGGAAGUGAGUAUGUGAAAGCAAAGACUUCAAUGUAAUAUCAGUUGAACUUAUUUAAGUUAUUUUCAGGCUUUGUUUGGUCUGUAAUUGUAUACUGUAUGACAACAAAGAAGUGAUUGAAAGUGUUUUGGGGUAAGAUCAGUAAAUGACUUGGGGUUAGACUGGAAGCAGGGUCCCUGGAUGUAAUGCACACCUUAGCCAACUGCACCCACCAUGUAAUGUACUGUACAGUAAUGUCUGAUGAAAUCUCUAUUGCACUACUUGGUAUGGUACUGUAUGCAUGGUCUUCUAACGCUAAUAAACCAGAAGGCUGUAAGGAGGAAACAGAAAACAUCCUGAUUUUACAACUGGAUAGCACGUUAUAAUAACCACCCACCAUUAAUUAAUGGUUUAUUAUAGCAAUGAUUACUAAGUAUAUUACGUACAAAUACUUAAUUAUUGUUUUAUGGAAAUGUAAAGCAUUAACUAAAACAUAGUUUAUCACAUAUACACCAUCAGUUACAUUUGUAGGUAGUAAUCAUGAUUAUUAAAUAUGUCAGUUACAAAUACUUAAUCGUCCGUUUUUGGCAAUGUAACAAAAUAGAUAUUGAAUCAUAGGCUAAUAAAGGAUGUUCAAUUUACAGCUACGGUAUUGAGAAAAGUUUUGCAAUUUUACAUUUCUAUAAACCUCUAAUAAAGUAUUUGUAUGUAACAUGAUAUGUAAUCUUUGAUCGCUAUCUACAAAAUUAAUUGAUGAUUUAUCAGUGAUUAACCAUGUUAUUGUAGUUGUAAAAUAUACAGAUAAUUAACCAUUUAUAGUGGGUGGUUGUUAUAAAGUGCUACCUGAAAGGGUAAAUGAAGGAUACUGUAAUUUAGGAGAGCGAAAGUUAUAGCAAUUUACUGUAAUUAAACCUAAAAAGCUGCACAAUCAAAUGAGGCAACAGGCACUUUUAAAAAUGACAGCUGUGUUUGUAAUUGGUUUGAUCUGGAACUGUUUCAGACUAAAAGGCUUGUGGUUAUUUGGCCUUGUAUAUUACUUUGUCAUUUUUUUCAUAUUACUGAAUAAAAAAAAUCAGAGUAAGGAACUUUUUAAGUACAUUUCAUGUGUCCAGUUCAAGUGUAUAAUACAUUUAUAUUCCAAUCAUC